UCUAACUCCGCCAGAAUUUCAUGGGACUGAAGGGCCUGAGGCUAUGGCGGAGUGGAUCCGUCAGUUAGAGCAGAACUUUGACCUCCUGCAGUGCUCUGACGAGCAGAAGGUUAUUUGUGGUAGUUAUAUGCUCAAGGGAAGUGCUGCCUUAUGGUGGUCCGGCUAUUGGAGAUUGAGGCAGGCGGAGCUUAAUGUCCUAACUUGGGACCGCAUGAAGGAGGUGAUCAUGGAGAAGUAUUAUCCUCAGGGUUAUCGCAUGAGGAUGGAGCGCGCUUUCUGGGAUCUUACUCAGGGGACUGAUACCGUUGAGGAGUACGAGCGGGAGUUCACCCGCAUGAGCGCCUUUGCUCCACAUAUGGUGGACACUGAUUUGAAGAAGGCCCACAAGUUCCAUGAUGGUCUGAACCAAACCCUCCGUAUGCAUGUUGCUAGCCAGGGGAAUCUUUCCUUUGAUGAGACCGUUAUUCGAGCCACCCAUCUUGAGA